CAUACAUACAUAUGAAGUGGUUAUCUAACUUGGGCUCCAUUUUUUUCAGGACAAUCUACAAAUCUAUAAGAUCUCGAUCCAUUUGCUUCUUAUCAUCGCACCACACUUAACAUGGCUUCUUCUUCUUCUUCACUCGGCCGCCUCCCACAAGACAUCAUCACAAACAUCCUCUUGAGACUCGCUGCUUGAUCUCUGCUGUGUCUGUAAGUCGUGGAGCUCUCUCAUCCUCGACUGGUCGUUCGCCACCAAGCACCUCUGUCUCCGCCUCCUCCGCUCCGAACCUCACCAGAACCUCCACCUCCUCCACUUGCCUAGCAUCCUGCACGACUGGCCCCUUCACGCCCAUGACGCCGACUUCUGCUCCGUCCUAUGCUCCGACCCUCUCUCCGGCUCCUUCACCCUCCGUGCAAAGUUCACCAUCCCCUUCGACCGGCACGCGUUCUCCUUCGAAAUCGUUGUCUCGGUCGAUGGGCUGGUCUGCAUGUCGCAGCUCCACAAGAGGUCCGAGCUCCGGACCAUCCAGAGCAUGUAUUUGUGGAACCCGGCCAUGAGGAAGUUGAGGGACCUGGGGAACAGGGACGUGGUGGAGCGCAUUGCCAGUAUGAGCAGGUAUCGGAUUCACGGGUUCGGGCGCGAUCGCGAGGGCGGCAAUUAUCGGGUUGUGAGGAUCACUUACGGCCGCACGAUAAAGGGGGAGAAGGGGAGUUCGAAGGAGGCCGUCCAAGUCGAGGUUUGCACAGUGGAGGGGGAUUCGUGGAGAAUGUUGGAACCGCACGGCGUGUCUUGCUUCGCAGGCGAUGACUCUCGAGCUUGCAUCAACAGAGCUGUUCAUUGGCCCGCAUCAGUGACAAAAGACGCUCCAUAUAGUUCCAUAUUGUUGUUCGAAGUUGCCUCCUAGAAGUUUGACGAGCUCCUGAUGCCGGAAAACUACCUUGACAAGUUCAAACUUCAUGAAGAGACGCAGGUUUCCAUUGCAGCUUUGAAAGAAUCCCUCGCCACCUUGGCCUAUUGCCCGGGAGCAGGAAAUGUUGGGAGUGAAAUACACAUUUGAGUGAUGAAAUAGUACGGUGUCACAGAUUCUUGGACAAAACAUUACACAGUAGAGAUGCAGCA